AUGACGGAAAAAGUCGAAAGAGAUCGGCUCCCAAAACAAAAUGAUGAAAUUGUGGUAUGUAAUUCCUCUAUUCUCUAAAAAUUUUAUCAGGCAUAAAUUAUAGACUGAAAAUGGUAGAAAAUAUAAACUUGGUCGUGCACUUGGAGAUGGCGGAUAUGGUGUUGUAUUUAUUUCGGAAUUUGAUAAUUGUGAAAUUGCUGUCAAGACGGAGAAAUUCUCAAAAUCUCAAUUAAAAGUUGAAAUCGAAGUAUUGCGAGCAGCACAACAAAUGGGAUGUAAACAUUUUUGUAGUUUGAUUGAUUGUGGAACAAAAGGAAAAGAUUUCGAUUAUUUGAUUAUGACUUUAUUAGGGAAAGAUCUUCAUAAAAUGCGAUGCGAAUUGGAAGAUAAAAAAUUCUCAAUGAGCACAGCAAUUCGAGCUGGAAUUCAGACUAUCAAAGUUUGUUUAUACAUAACUUAGUUUCUAAAUUAUCAUUUUUUAUUCAGGCUUGUGAGGAGUUGCAUCGAAUUGGUUUUAUUUCGCGAGAUGUGAAACCCGGUAAUUUUGCACCAGGUGUAAAACAAAAUCGACAAAACCGAAUUAUUUUCAUGUUUGAUUUUGGUUUAUCACGAAAAUAUGUAGAUCAGAACAAUAAUUUGAUACCAAAUCGAAAAGAAGUUGGAUGGAGAGGAACUACUAGAUAUGGAAGUUUGGAUGCUCAUAAAAGACUCGAUUUGGCAAGAAAAGAUGAUAUUGAAAGUUGGUUUUAUGGAUUGGUUGAAAUGACAAAAGGAACACUCCCAUGGAGAAAUGUGACAAAUCGAACAAAUGUGCAAAAAGCAAAAGAAUUAGCAAGAACAACAACUCGAGUACAAUUUUUAUUUGAAACACCUCCACAAUAUGAUAAAAUUCUGACAAUGAUUGAUGCUUAUACUUUUGAAUCAACACCUGAAUAUUCGAAAAUCAUAAAACUUCUCAAUGAGGUAUUUGAGAAAAAUAAUCAUAGACUUAUUCAUAAUUCAUUUUCCAGGUGAAAGAAGCUGCUGCAAUACGAGAUAAAGAAGCUUGGGAUUGGGAAGAUGAAUCCAAAUCGACAACUGUCAAUACGGUUUCUUCAUUUUCUGAUAAACAAAAUCGAGCGAGUAAAGAGAAAGCGUGAGUAUUACUGUAUAUUUUCGUAUAUUUAAAAAUGUUUUUAUUCCAGGACGAAAUAG